CGCCUUCUAGUCUAAUUGGCUUAGGACACCUGCCCGGAUAGCAGGAGGUGUGGGUUCGAUUCCCACGAAGGUCAUCUUUUUCAUCGUUCUGUCACAUAACAUCAGUGACACUGCUUGUCCCUUUCGUUCUAUACAUAUGAGAGCUAACAGUUAUGAAAUUGUUUUUCUAUCGAAGCAUAGGUAUGGACCACAUUUUGGAAUUAAAAAAAUAGCCAAAAUGGUGAAAUGCAAUACGUCGACUGUUAAAAAAUGGUUGGCUCGGUGGAAAAUUUAUAAAUAUCUUGGUGAUAAAACAAGAAGUGGUACUCCUCGAAUAACAACACAAGAAGAUGAUGAGUUUAUCGUUGACGCGACAUUUGAUGUCGAAGAACCAACUAAUGCUGGUCUUCGAUAUUGUACACCAUUAUCUAAACCACUUUUAACACAAAAACAUCAACAAGAUCGUUUACAAUGGGCAAAGCUGGUUCGAAAUCAAGAUUGGAAUAAUGUCAUAGCAACAGAUGAGACAACAUUUCGUUUAAAUACUAUCCGUCAUAUGCAUUGGCAAUUUCCAGGUAAUAGAACUGUUAGGAGAACAGUAAAAUUUCCAUUAAAGAUCAAUGUUUGGGGCUGUAUGACAGCAAAAGGAUUUGGAAAAAUUAUUUUGUUUAAGCAAAAUCUUCACAGUCAUUUCUUAUGCAAUGAAAUUUAUCAAAACGGACUCUUGCCAACAGCUAGAAACGUUUUCGGCCGUAGUAAAAACUGGUUAUUAAUGGAAGACAAGGACCCCAAACAUCGUUCAACGUUCUCAAGAGACUGGAAGGCACAACAUGAUAUAAAGCAGUUGCCAUGGGCAGCCUUCAGUCCCGAUAUGAACCCGAUGGAGAAUCUUUGGGCACUUUUAAAAAUAAAAGUAUCCAUGAGAAAACCAUCGAAUAUAAAAGAAUUAAUCAAGGCAAUAAAACAGGAAUGGAAUCUAUUACCAAAAGAACUUGCUGAAAAUCUAAUGUUUAGUAUGAAAUAUCGCAUCGAAAGUGUUAUUGAUGCAGCUGGUGACUACACGAUGUAUUAA